CAGCUGUGGCCUCAGCCGGGGCCUCAGGUCUCUCCCGGGCGUGAGCACCCAGACGCCACUCCUCCGGCCAGGUUAACCGGAAUCCAGAGGCGGCGGCCACGAGGAGAGGAGCAGUGAGCCACAGCGAGAGCGCGCCGCGCCACCGGCCCCGGCACCAUGGCUGGGAUCAUCAAGAAACAGAUCCUGAAGCACCUCUCCAGAUUUACCAAAAAUCUGUCUCCUGACAAGAUAAACCUGAGUACCCUAAAAGGAGAAGGUGAACUGAAAAACCUGGAACUGGAUGAAGAGGUGCUGCAGAACAUGUUGGAUUUGCCGACCUGGCUUGCCAUCAACAAAGUGUUUUGUAACAAAGCAUCCAUUAGGUCCCUAGAUAAAGUAAUAAUGGAAAUGAGUACAUGUGAAGAGCCACGAGCCCCUAAUGGCCCUUCACCGAUUGCAGCGGUUUCAGGACAAAGUGAGUAUGGUUUUGCUGAAAAAGUAGUCGAGGGCAUUACUGUGUCUGUAAACUCCAUUGUCAUCCGAAUUGGAGCCAAAGCCUUUAAUGCGUCUUUUGAGCUUUCUCAGCUGCGGAUAUAUAGUGUAAAUGCUAACUGGGAACAUGGAGAUUUAAAAUGUACUCGUAUUCAGGAUCCACAGAGAGGAGAGGUUUUGACAUUUAAAGAAAUAAAUUGGCAGAUGAUUCGGAUCGAAGCAGAUGCUACUCAAAGUUCACAUCAUGAAAUUAUGUGUGCUCCCGUUCGAUUAAUAACCAAUCAGUCAAAAAUCCGAGUCACACUGAAAAGAAGAUUAAAGGAUUGCAAUGUCAUAGCAACAAAGCUAGUUCUAAUUUUGGAUGACUUAUUAUGGGUUUUAACGGAUUCCCAAUUGAAGGCCAUGGUACAAUAUGCAAAAUCUCUUAGUGAAGCAAUAGAAAAAUCAACAGAACAAAGGAAGAGUAUGGCUCCUGAACCUACGCAGAGUUCCACUGUAGCACCAUCUACCCAGCAAGUGAAAACACCACAGACUUCAAAUGCUCCUGAUCUAAAUGAUGCAAUUGUGAAGCUAUUCAGUGACUUUGAUGUUAGAGAAACCUCUCAUCAUUUAGUGAUUUCUCAUCUAGAUCUACACAUAUGUGAUGACAUUCAUGCUAAAGAAAAAGAGUCAAACAGACGUAUUACUGGAGGAGCGAUGCAACUCUCUUUUGCACAGCUAACUGUGGAUUAUUAUCCUUAUCACAAAGCAGGAGAUAGUUGUAAUCACUGGAUGUAUUUUAGUGAUGCAACCAAAACAAAAAAUGGAUGGGCCAACGAGCUGUUACAUGAAUUUGAAUGCAAUGUUGAAAUGCUGAAACAGGCUGUGAAGGAUCAUAACGCAGGUUCACCUCCCAAGUCCCCAACACAUGCCUCUCCCCAGCAAGCACAAACAGAGAAAGAAUCAACUCUGAAAAGCACUUCCAGAGCACCUCCAGUGUUACCUCAACAGUCGAAAGCUAAGUUGAUGUCUAGUUCUGUGGUGGUUAGACUUGCAGAUUUCAAUAUAUACCAGGUCUCUACAGCAGACCAGUGUCGUUCUUCCCCUAAAAGUAUGAUUUCCUGUAAUAAAAAAUCCCUGUAUCUUCCACAAGAAAUGUCUGCUGUCUAUAUAGAGUUCACAGAAUAUUAUUAUCCAGAUGGGAAGGACUUCCCAAUUCCAUCUCCCAACCUCUAUAGCCAGCUGAACGCCCUACAGUUUACUGUGGAUGAGAGAAGCAUUCUGUGGUUAAAUCAAUUUCUGUUGGAUUUAAAACAGAGCCUGAAUCAGUUUAUGGCUGUCUACAAGUUGGAUGACAACUCAAAAUCUGAUGAGCAUGUUGAUAUUCGAGUUGAUGGCUUAAUGCUAAAGUUUGUCAUUCCUUCUGAAAUGAAACCUGAAAGUCACCAAGAUCAACCACGUGCAAUUUCUAUCCAGAGUUCUGAAAUGAUUGCCACCAAUACAAGGCACUGUCCAAACUGCCGGCAUUCUGAUCUAGAAGCUCUCUUUCAAGAUUUCAAAGAGUGUGAUUUUUUUAGUAAAACAUAUACGAGCUUCCCCAAAACCUGUGACAGUUUUAAUCUUCUGCAUCCAAUCUUCCAGAGACAUGCUCACGAACAAGAUACCAAAAUGCAUGAUGUUUAUAAAGGGAAUAUUUCGCCCAAGUUGAACAAGUACAUUCUAAAAACUUCUGCUGCCACAGAUGUUUGGGUUGUGUAUUUUUCUCAAUUCUGGGUAGACUAUGAAGGGACAAAGAGUGGGAAAGGACGGCCAGUCAGCUUCGUGGAUGCCUUCCCUCUCUCCAUCUGGAUUUGCCAACCCAUAAGGUAUGCAGAGUCACAAAAAGAGCUACAGAGUUGUCAUCAGGUAUCUUUAAACUCUUCGCAAAGCGAAUCUAGUGAUCUGGCUAGCCGCUGGAAGCGAAAAAAGCUCUUGAAGGAAUAUUACAGUACUGAGUCUGAGCCUGUGGCCAAUGGUGAACAGCAACCCUCAUCGUCCGGUACGUUUUUAAGACUUUCCUCCUCCUCAUCCGAUGCAGAUCUUCACAUUCUGGUUCACAUUCAUAAGCACGUCAGCAUGCAGGUCAAUCACCACCAGUACCUGCUCCUGCUUUUCCUGCACGAAUCGCUCAUUCUACUUUCAGAGAAUGUGAAGAAAGAUGUAGAAGCGGUGACGGGCAGUCCUGCCAGCCAGAUGUCAAUCUGCAUUGGAAUUUUACUUAAAAGUGCAGAAGUGGCUCUUUUGCUCCAUCCAGUGUGCCAAGCCAAUACUCUGAAGUCCCCUGUUUCUGAAAGAGUGAGCCCAGUGGUUUCUCAUUAUUUGCCGCCAGAAAAUGGAGAGAUUCUGUCUUCAAAAAGAAAACAAGCCAAUAGUGGCAUCCAUCAAAUUAGAAGUGUAACUGUUAAUCAUAUGGCAGACAGCAGAUCUCUGAGUGUUGACCUCAGCCAUGGCCCUUUGAAGGAUCCUGUGCUUUUUAAGUCAGCUAGUGAUACAAAUCUGCAGAAGGGAAUUUCUUUCACGGACUAUUUAUCAGAUAAAACGUUAGGCAAAAUAUGUGAAGAUGAAAGUGGCGGCAUUGUUUACAAAAGCAGCUCCGUAGAAAUCGGAUCAGAAAUCGGUGACAAAAAAGUUAUAUCUUCGACAGAUUCAAGCCGUGUCUUAGGCUACAGAGAAGAUUCAAGUAUACUGUCAUUUGAUAGUGGUGGAAACCCAACUGUAAUUUCAAGUUCGGGUAAAGAAAAUGAGUCCCUAGCCAAAGCUGAAGAGUCUCUUCCAGAAACAGCUUCGCUCAGUGACAACCCGGGAAUCGGGAAGGAAGACGCCUCCACAGUCAGAACACUGACGUCACAGCCAUCCUUAAGUGGAAAGUCUAAGGAACGUUGCCCACCCAAUGUGACUCCCCUCAGUGUUUCUUAUAAGAAUGUGAAAAGAAGCCCCUCUCAAAGCUCAUUGGAUACCAUCUCCCUUGACAGCAUGAUCCUGGAAGAGCAGAUGUUAGAGAGUGAUGGAAGUGAUAUCCAUUUAUUUUUGGAAAAAGGUUUUAAAAAGAACUUGAUUACAAACGACCCAAUCCAGGCAGAGAAUGUGAACACCAGCACAGGCACCCAGCAUUUGGGUGAAACCUCUCCCGAUGCCAUCAGCACAAACUCAGAGGGUGCUCCGGACAACCAUGACGACCUGAUGUCAAUUGUGGUGUUUAAAAUUACCGGUGUUAAUGGGGAAAUUCACAUCCGAGGGGAAGAUACUGAAAUCUGUCUUCAAGUGGACCAAGUGACGCCAGACCAGUUAGGCAACAUCAGUUUUCGGCAUUACCUUGGUAAUCGUUCAGUAGGUUCGGAUCAGAAAGCUGUAGUUCAUUCUAAAUCCUCUCCUGAGAUUACGCUGAGAUUUGAAAGUGGGCCUGGUGCUGUAAUACACUCUUUGCUUGCAGAAAAAAAUGGAUUCCUGCAAUGCCAUAUAGAAAAUUUUAGCACCGAGUUUCUAACAUCUACUCUUAUGAAUAUUCAGCAUUUUUUGGAAGAUGAAACUGUUGCAACAGUGAUACCGAUGAAAAUACAAAUUUCUAACACAAAAAUCAACUUAAAAGAUGACAGUUCACAUAUUGGUACGAUAUCCCUUGAACCAGUUCCUGUAGCUGUCCAUAUUGACCAUCUUGUGGUAGAAAGAAGUGAUGAUGGCUCUUUUCAUAUCAGAGAUUCUCAGAUGCUUAAAACUGGAAGUGAUUUGAAAGAAAGUGCUCAAAGUGACUCCGUUCUGCUGACACAUGGAAAGUGUGAUCUGAAGAAACACUGCAGUGUCAUCACGCAGGCCACUCAGACGGGUCCGGAGCUUCCUUGGCCUUCUCAGGGCUUUACUAGAGAACAGCUCAUGGAGGAGAAUGAAUCUCUUAAACAGGAACUGGCUAGAGCGAAAAUGGCUCUGGCCGAGGCUCACUUGGAGAAAGAUGCUCUUGUUCAUCAAAUAAAGAAGAUGACAGUGGAGUAGCAGGAAUGGCAGGCACAUUAAGCUGUGGAGUAGGACGCUUAUAUUUAUGGCAUGGAUGUUACCAAUUAAUGGAAGACUUCCCUUUUCAUGAAAAGACAAUAAAAUGAAAUGCAAUGUGAUGAAGUGGUACUAUUCCAAACCCAGUUUAAAAAGUAUUCGAUGCAAGCAGUACUAUCUCUAGGUGGUUAGGUUUGACAGGGUUUAUCCUUCUUUUAAACUGGUGUGAUCUGGGAAGUCAAUACCUACUGUAAAAUAAUUCCAUGCCUAAUGAAAAGAAGAUGUCAUUUCCUAAUUUUGAUAUCAUUAUAGGCAUUUUCUAAAAGCAAAAUGAAAACUUGAUUGCUGAAUUUUAUUUCGCACCAUUUGUCAAUAAGUUACCAUUAUUUACAAAGACGUCACUUGCUAAUGUAAAAAGGAAGAUUCCAUUUUGUUAUUAAAAUCAUAUACUUAAAUCUCUAUUUAUUAUUGUAAAAAUACUUAUCAAAUUAAUAAUGUAAUUACUGAGUUUGAAUAAUACCCAAGAAAAUCAUCCCCCUACUGGAUUUGUAAAGUAGCUUAAAAAUGUGAAGGAAAAAAAAAGUUUUAAAUGAUGGGUAAACGCUAUAAUUUUCUAUAUUAAAAUGGUACAAAUGUAAAAAUAAAAAGCACACAUUGUAAGAAAAAAGGAUGGUGGCAAAUAUUAGAGUAUAUAUCCAACUGAUUUAAAAUGUAUUACUUAUACAUUCCUUUAAGCAUUUGCUAUUACAGAUAAAAGAAUAUUUUAACACCCAGCUAAAUUUGACAACGUUUGUUGCUAAGGCUUAUUUAGAACUGUUUAUAAUAUUUCUUUACCUUCAUCUCUCCUCCUUAUAGAGGGUUGUUAUGCAUAUCUUUUCAUAUGCAUAAAACAAUUUCAUACCAUUCUUGUAGUAUUAAGUUAGGUGAGUGUGUGCACAUACUACAUUUAUAAAGUUAGUUUUGACUAGUCUUCUGUGUGACAUGUACAAUCUUCUAUAAUAGUAAUAAUGGUUAGAAUUUGAAUUCUAUUUUCUAGGGGUCUUUAAGUUGGAAUUAACAUGAGAUUCUCAAUUAUGUAUUAUGAAAUGAAAGUACAUAAAGUAUUAAAGAAAUAGGCUUUUACAAAUUUAAAAUAUAUUUCUAAUAGAUUUAAACUAGGUGGGGUCUAUUUUAAAAUUCACAUUCUUAAACAUAAACAUAUCUAAAAUAGAAUAUAAAACAGCUGGAUUAUCAUUUCAUUGAGAUACUUGAAAAUUCUGAAUUCAUUGGUGCUCUGCUUGUUUGGCAUGACUGAUACAAGCCAUCCUGUAUCUGAGUAGGUGGAGAAAAAUACUUAUUUCUUUUCUAUUAAAUAGUAGAUUGAUUUUAGUUUUAUUUAAAAUGGUACUGGUCAUUUUGUUUUGCUUCUGUGAUCAUUUUCAUUUACAUUAUUUAGAAAAACUGGUACUUUGGGGGGAGCUGAGGACAACAAAGAACAAAUUAAAUCCUAAAAUUUUACCUCAGAAUUAAAAAAAAAAUUAUUUUUGAACCCUCCAUCUAGGUCUGUAUGAGUAUAACAGCAUCUGCUUAAGUACAAAGGUCCAAUCAAAGAUUCAAAAUGUUUACAUAGCUUAUGUCCUUUAUAGACUACGGUUGUCUUGUACAUAUAUACUCACCAGAUCGCGUCUUUUAUUGUAGAGCAGGAUUGAAGAGACAUUAACUUCUUUAGAUUGACAGUUUCUUGAGAAUGAUUUGUUUGGACUGUAUAAAUUUUGACUUUAACUAUGGUUUAUUAUAAUUGUUCAGUGUUACAGAAACUGAACAUAUUUGGCCUUCCCAAGAAAGUCAUAUAAAUGUGUAAUAUGGAGCUGAGCAUUCUGUGUUUUGUCAGAUUUUUAAAAAUUUUACUAGCAGUCUGGUUUUUAUAAGGAUUUUAAAUUCCUAAAGAAUUUCCAAAAGGAUAAUCUCAUUAUAAUUUUCAUAACAAACCUAGGAGAAGCACAGAAGUUAUAAAAAAAAUUAUAUUCAGAAGGACAAGUUACAUGACUGAAAUCAUAAGUAGUAACCUGAUCUUUUGACUUAAAACCUGACAAUAUGCAUUUACUGUAGUGUAGUCAUAACUUCACAUGCAAGACAAUUUUUUUGGUGAGAAAUUAUAUAAUGUCUUGUUUUUCUUUUGAAAAUUAAUUUAUUAGUGUGGUGUGUGUGUGUGUGUGUGUGUGUGUGUGUGUGUGUGAUGUGUGUUCAGAUUUUUUUAACUUGGGGACUUUUUGCCUAAGUUAGCCCCAAACUUUUAGCAGAUACAAAACCAGGAAUAAAUUGAUAUUAAACUUAUCAGGGUUUUAAAAGUGGCCAUACAUGAGAAAUAAGUAAAUCUAACACAUCUUAAAAUUUUCUUUGCUAAAUCUCUUAAUAGAGAAGAUGUUAAUGAUCAGGGAGGAAUAGUAAUCAUGUUUUGCUUUUCAAUUUCAUGUAUUGCCAAAGACAUGUUUUUGUUAUCUCCUGGUUUGGUGCUUCUUCUUCUUGUCCCAGAAGUUCAAAAGACCACCACAUGUGCUGAUGCACUAUGUUCAUGUCAGCCCUGGAACAAUGACUAUGCACGGUUGCAGGCAAACGUGUGGAAGAUUAACCAGAAACUGUUUCUGGGUUUGUGUUAUUACUGUUAUCCAGUGUUUGUCAGUAACAAGAGUUACAAGAUUUUCUUUAAUAAGUUCUUAUUAACCUCAAAUGUCAUCUCCCUGUCUCAAUGAAUUCGCCCCGAUUCCUACACUGGUAACCUAGAUCUCAUCUUCAGACGCUUUCCUCUUCGCCCCCUUCUCCUCAUAACCCACUCACACCGAGUCCUCUCGUUGGCCUGGUAAGCAUCCGGAUUUCUUCACUCCUCAUCUCAGCGUGUCUGACCAACCUCAGCUGCCACCAGCAUCUUUUGCCUGCACAACUGCCGUCGCCUCCUAAGUGGUCUCUGCCACUCCUCAGAUCUGUGCUCUCUCUACUGCAGACAGAAUGCUCCUUCUCAAGGUGCAGUUUUUUAUCAAGCUGACCUGCCUAACCCCACGCUCCGCCUCCCACAUUAGCAGUUUCUCUUUGCUCUUAUAGUAAAGACGGAAAUAUUUUCUAUAACCUCUUCGGCCACAUAUGUUAAGGUCACUAACUUCCUGUGGUUGUUCUCUACACCACACGAGUUCAUGCCUCCAAAGUUCAAAACAGUGGCUGGCAUCUCACCUUUCAGACGUCAGUAGAGGUGAGCCGUUGUUUUUUCACCGAGCCUCGCUCUGCUGGGUUCUGCCUUCUUCCUCUUUCUCUCGGUGCCUGGAACAAGGGGAAGACUGAAGUCUCCCUUUGCUUCUGUCAUAGGACCUUUGUGUGAGCUGGUCCCUGGCUUGAACUACUUUCCCCUCUUCAUUGUCUAGUUCAUUCCCACUCGUCUUUUACAUCCCAGCUCAUUCAUUGCUUCCUCAAGGAAGCAAUCCCAAAGUUCUCUGAUAGUUAAGGACCCUUAUUGUACUUUCUCACGACCACAUACCGCCCCUCAGCAGUUAACACCACUGUAAUUUUAUAUGUUUGAUUGAUGGCAAAUCCACUCAAUUGUAAACUCCGUCAGUACAGGAACCGUGUCUUUGUUGUCACCUUUGUUCACCUUUGUAUUCCUUAUGCCUAAUACAGUGCCUGGCACAUAGUAGGUGCUCAAUAAAUUUGUUGAAAGAA